AUCCGGACUGGAAGAGACCUGUGCAAUAUGGAGGCGAGGGCGAUGAUUCACUGAGAAUUCCCGCUCUCCCGCCCCUAGAUAUUGAUACGGAGUCCAUUGGGGCAGAGCCCAAGGCCGAUAUCGCUUCCACCGGUUCGUCGAGUUCCGAGCCAGAGUUAAUGGAAGCACCGAUGGACGAUAUGUUUGGUAAAAUGGAUCAAGAUCCCUACGAGGCGCAGCUUCGGGCGCUGACAACCAUUGAGGCCUGUCGCCGCGACCAGGGAAUGCUGGUCCAUUUCGGACAAGAACCAAGCGAUACAGACCCAGAUGACGCGAAUGAAACUUAUGGCACUGUGCAAAAUGUGACCAUAGUGCCGGGAAGUUUGCUAAACUGCGUCCAGAUAUCGGUACAACAAAGGUGUAGAUCGGGUUCCGCGACCAGCAGUUUUACAGAACGACAUGCAUGCGAAGCUGUGUGUGAAAUUGUGCGUGAAAGAAUGCCUCAUUUGAUCAGUAAGAUAGAUGACUGCAAACAGCCGCUCACAUCGUGCACCGAGCGUUACAUGAUGCAUCAGAUUGUGAUUCACGGGUUCGAGGCUCCGUCAACCUCGACGGAUCAGUCCAAUGGACGGGUGGAUUCACAAAAGAAGGCAGGACCGUCCGAGGGAACGUAUGAAACAACGGGAGAAUAUUGCCAUGAGUGCGGUACCAGGCGUUGGUGGCUCAAACGAAUCAAAGGGACGAAUCUCUUCCUGCUGGUUGACCACGAAGCCCCAGGAGGUAGUACUGCAUCCUGCAAAUGCGCGUGUCGAAAGCGCUUUGGAUUCGGAACGCAAAUAAUCGCAGACCCGAGGAAGCCGAGACCGAACAGACCGAGGAAAGAACCACCGUCUCCAGCGACAUGCUCAACAGUCAAAACUUCGAUGGAGAACUCAAGCGUUUGCACCGAUACAGGAGACCGAGGAUACUUGUCCACGAAACUUGUGAUAGCUGCUGUGACAAUUUCAUUGCUUGUGUAUGCGAACAUUUGAAGAGUGCGAUCAAGAUGAAGAAAUGGAACUCCAAGAAACAAUUUCAAAUGUGAUGUUAGUAAAAUGGCG